GUAAUUUUUAAAGAAAACAAUACGUUUUAACAAAAACAAAUCUGUAAUUGAAGCUUGUUUAGAAUCAAUUGUCGAAUUAAGUGUUUUGAAGAAUCUUUGGAAAUGUGGUCGGCAUUUUACAAUUUUUGUCGAGGGUCCGUCGGUUCUCGCUUUAUCCAGGGACUCAGAGAUGGCGCGUAGUGGCAUUGUGUAGUCUUUGGAAGAUCUCGAACAAAAGGCAGAUUAUGUUCUUAAACGUUAGUAAUUGAACGGCGAAUCUAUUUUGUUUGCGUCUAUUGAAGAGAUGGAAGAAGAGACACCUUCGAUUAAAAAACCACCACGAAUAUAAUCGUCGAGUGCUUUGGAAAUCAAAAAAGGCAGGUUUUGAUUUUGCCUCACACCGGACGAGAUAAUUUUUCGUAUGUAUGUAUGUGAAAAUGCACGUUUAUCUCACAGCUGUGUCUUUUUACAAAAAUAAACUACAGAUCUAUCUUGAAAAUUUCCAGUAAAAAAACAACGUAAAACGGUUUAGACUUGUUUAAUUACUAAAAAUUACUUUCAACCAGUAUACACAAAACUGAAAUUUACAAAAGAAUUUUUUUUUCACUGAAUACUCGGGCCUAAAAUACGAAGAUAUAGUAUCACCAUAGAAAGGGCUAUGUUUCAAGCGGAUAAAAACAACUUUUGAAAAGUGAAAAGAAAUGAUAAAUGGCGCUUGAAACUUGGACGCCUUUUAACUACUAAAAUAAUACAGAUGCAGUAAAAUAAAUUGGCUCACCGAUAUUUUUCCUCUUCGAUGGAUGCAUUUUCUUCCGGAGUUAGCCUAAAAGAUUUUAACAACACUAAUUAUAAUGUCAACUGAUUGUAAUAACUCGUUUGUUUUCUACCAGCGACUGAAGAAAUUUGGAGAUUAUAAAGAAAACGAAGAACUUCCGAAUUAGUAACGAGGGGUUGAAAAUAUCUCAAAGAUGCAGUCCACACAUGCCAAGAUCAUGAACAAUCGCAAGGUCAUCUCGAACGAAGACGAGUUCGCUACAUACGGAUACAUCAAAGGCAGGAAUGGCAUUAUUGAUAUAAACUAAAGAAGAAUGUCACCGAAAAAAAGCGAACUGGAGGAGACGGAUGCCGAAAAGGUGCCACUCCGGCAGGUCAGAAGGACGUUGGCCGUCCACAUGGAUAAGGAAAAGGAAAGGUACUUUGAGUGGUGCAAAGGUAAGCAGAAAGACGAUUGCUCUGAAUGCGAGGGUUAUAAAACGUCUAAGAAACAUAAUAAAUAUUGGGAUUCGAAAAGCAAGGAAAAGCAAGAAAAAAAAGACAACUGCGCGUGCAGGGGUGUCCACAACGGGGGCCACAGGAGGCACCUCCGUCUCUCGUCUCCUGACAUGGAUCACAAGUUUGGCAAAAACGACAUCGAUCGGAUAGUCGAAAACGCUGUCAUCGAGUGGGAUUACUUCAAGAACAAAAAGAAAUCCAUGCUCGACACGUUGGGAACACACAAGGAAAAGGCGCACAAGACUGAAAGUAAACCUAAGACGUCCAACGAAAAAACACAAAUAAGAGAGCCGACUGGGAAAUAUUUAGAGAAAAGUACAAAAUCGAACAGAAAGCUAAGCAGGGACGAAAAUGACAUUUACGGUGAGCAUAUAGCCAUGCAACUCAGGAAGUUGAAGAAUCCUAAGACUGUUGCCUUAGCCCGACUAAAAAUAGACAAAGUGAUUUACAACGCUUCCAUCGGUAACAGGAAAUGGACACACAAACAAUUAGAAAAAAUUAUUGAAUAUCGGAAACGAAAUAGUCCUCCCAACAAAAUGACCGAAUCGAGCCAUACAGUGGCAAAAAGUAUUAAAAAAUAGUUUUUUAAUCCCUUAUUCUACACCAUACGUUUUACAUGUUUUAUCAUUGUUUAACUAAUAAAACUCUAAUCAACCAUA